AUGUUUCCCUCCAAGACGGAAUACUCCUCUCCCUCAUGCGCCAGUGCCACUUCCGCAUCCUGGCCAUUUCCCGGUGCUGCUACUACCGCUACAGACGAUGAUGAUGAUGCUGCUUCCACUGUUGCCGAUGAAUCAGUUCCAGUUUCUACACCAUCAUGCUCGUCGAUUUCAUCUCAGUCCUCACAGCGACAUUCUCUGGAUUACUAUCAUCAUAAUCAUCAACCGAGCACUUCAACGGCCAUUUCCUGCAUCGCAUCGUAUUCCACAGCUUCAGCUACACAAAAUUCUGAGAUCGUUUAUGGUACCCAAGGCCAUCAACAACAACAGCAACAGCAGCUGUACUGUGGUUCAGGAUUUUUACCUUAUAGUACAGGUGGUUGUAGCGGUGUUGUUACCACCUCUGCGAGUAGUUAUUCGCCGACACCAUAUGCGCAGUAUGCAUUACAGUGUUAUCAACGACAGCAGCAGCAACACUGUACACAGCAACAACGAAAUCAGCAAAAUUUUUCGGUACCGUAUCCGCAAAACACUCCCAAUUCUUCCUGUCAGUACUACUGGCAAGGUUUACCAUCCAAAUGGAGGUAUCAGAUGUCGCCUUAUUCGAGUAAGCUAUAUUUAUGCGGGCUUACUUCCAAACCUUGCACCAAUUUCCUUUGCAAAGGCAAGAAUUAG